AGACUGAAAUGCAGAAGCACGACGGAAAACUCGUCACGCAUUACUACCCACAGCAUCCUUUAACGAUAGCAGCAUGCCGUGCGCAUGCGCGGUCACACAUGUGCAGCGGGGAACCACAACGUUCCCUUCUCCCGCAUCAAAGGGUAGCAGACCCUACGGUGCUACUUCACCUACCGCACCGUCAGCGUCGCCUGCUCGCUGCUUCUACUGCCUGUGCACGAUGUGCGGUCGCGACCUGCCAGACAUCCCCACCGUGACGUGCAACGCAUGCGGAUCCCAGACGCACAUCACCUGCGCACGAGACGUGUACUCGCAUGAGUGGCUCUUUGUGGAAGUGGCCGGAUCCUCUGCUGUGACGCUCCCUCGAGGGACCGCGGGAACGUUCGCACAAGCGAUGCACGUUGCGACGCCGGCGAGCACAAACACCGCAACGGCAGCGGCGACGUCGGCUGUCGCUUCUUCUUCUUCCCCCACUCGAGGUAACAAUGGUGCGGUGAGGUUGUCACUUCCGACGCGAGGAGAAUGGACAUCGAGCUCUCCCACAGCUGCAUCACCAGGCGUCUCACUGUCUUUGGCGCACAGCCGAGACACGUCCUACGUAGAUCAGCUGCCGUCUCCGCAAGCAAUGAGCAUGGCGGCGGCGAAGAUCGGUAAGGAGUACAACUACUACUGUCACCCGGACUGCGCCAUGGGGAUGGAGGUGGUUCGCAACCCGCAAUUCAACGCGGCCCUCUCCGCACGUGUGGAGGCGGCCUUUGCCAUGGAUUGGCGUCGUACGUGGCGGAUGUUGACGGCUCAGCUGGACAACGACAGCGUGCCGAAGAGCUGGGCGGAGGUGGAAAAGCUCGCUGCUGCUGUCAAGAGCUCCACGGCAAACACGGAGCACACAUGCAGCGGAAAUGGAGAAAUUCGAAAGAGAGCAAGGAGUUCGGCUUCCAAGAGUGGCACCGCUGCACUACCAGACGUGAAAAGCAGCGGCACAAACACGAAAGCCAGCAUUCUUGAGCAGCUAUCCGUGGCAACGGGAGGAAACACCGCACUUGCACAGGAGCUGACCCGCCUCUACAGUCAACUACGCGCCGAGGCGUGGGCGGCCUACUUUGAGCAGGAGCGGCACCACAGCGGGCACCCCCUCUUCUAUCCUCCGCCCUUUGUGGAUGUGCAGAGCGAAACUGCGCUGAACCACGUUCUCGAGGCCGCCGCACCGCAUGGGCAGGCCGCCCGGCUCUACUUGUUAGACCCGGACACACAUCCUGUCGGGUCCGCCGUAGCGAUCCCCGUCGGCGUGCUCGCACGUUGGCAGCAGCCGGCCCUUGCCCCGCUGAUCAAAGUGAACGACUCGAACAACUUCGUCGCAGAGGCGGCGGCGGCGGUGGCGUGCGAUACGGUAGUGCCGGAGACGGUGACGAUUUACCGCAACUGCAGCAGGGAAGGUCAGGUGAUGAUGUCGUAG